UUUUAGUUCAAGAUCAUCGAUCGCGUUGAGCAGUUGCUUCCGGAAGUGCAAGAGAUGUUUCUCGUUGUGCUCAUUUUUUCCAUCUUCACUGGGAGAAAUAUUGGAAUUUCCCGUGCUGAAGAGGAGCCACAGCAAAUUGAAGAUUCUACAAUUUCCGCCAUAAGUGAUGAACUUUUCCCCGAUUUCUUCAACUCUACGGAAGAUUACAUUGUGGUAACUCUCCCGCCAAAUAUUACGGACUCUACGGACGUUGAUGUGGUUAAAAGUGAAAUUUUUCCUGACACCAAGCAAAUAGCUUUUCCCAACGAUCACAGAGAUCCUAAUGAAGAUAAGAGAGCCCCAUGUCGUUGCAAUAAGGGAAUCUGUGCCUGUUGCACAGGAAUGCUGAUGGAUGCCUUCAAGAGCAAAGGUUGUAUGAACUUGCGCUACAUUCCCGAAGACUUUGCCUUUCAUUUCGAAAUGAAGAUGAAUGACAGAGUUCUGUACAAAAAUCGCGUCUCUGGCAAAAAUCCACCGCCAAUCUGUGUUAAUCCUCCCAGAAUUGGAUUCAUUGAAGUCUGUGCCAAUUUCUAUGACAUCUAUUUCGUUGGGAGGAAUAUGCACGUGUGUCUGGAGAUGGGAGGUUAUUUCCAGGGAUUCGAAUUAUUUUCUCGGUCGUUUGAUUGCCUCCGGAUGGGAGACAAAGGCGUGAAGGUGAUGAAACCCGAAGAUGAUCAAUUCCGCCCAACAUCGGGCACCCUGGAUGCUGAGGUUGAUCAAGGAGAUGAUAUUGAUGACUACGAUGAAAAUGUUGUGCGGCGUUUUGAUAAAAACUAAAAUAAUUUAUUUUUAUGUCUUUUUUAAACAUUUUUUGCAAUAAAUUCUACAUUGAUCUCUUAAUUUCAU